CAGAAGCACUGGAGUUAGCCACCCACAGGGACUAGGCGAUGGAGGCGCUUAGAAUAUGGACCUUAGCCUCGCAGCCACUGAAGCACUUCUCUCGCCUCGUCUCUUCCUCCACUACCACCACCAUUAGGCCACCUACUAGAGUGGUUCUUCGCUGUUGCUCUUCUUCCGCCACCACCUCAAGCAAUGUCGACCAAGGUGCUCCCAAGGGUGGUGGUCGUAAUCGCCGGUCUUCUUCGUCUUCGUCUUCUACUUCCGAUAGGGAAGCUGUCAGAGCCAUUCGGUUGAAGAAGGUUGAAGAAUUGAGAAGCAAGGGGCUUGAUCCAUAUGCUUAUGGAUGGGACAGAACUCACAGUGCUGUUCAGCUUCAAAAUAUAUAUAAAAAUUUAGAAAAUGGAGUGGAAUUAAAUAGCGAGAAUGAUCAAGUAUCUGUGGCAGGAAGGAUUAUUGCUAGGAGGGCAUUUGGAAAGCUUGCCUUCCUGACACUUAGGGAUGAUUCAGGAGCUAUUCAGCUUUACUGUGAUAAAGAGAGGCUCCCGGGUGAUCAAUUUGAGCAAGUAAAAGCAUUUGUUGAUAUUGGUGACAUACUAGGUGCUAGAGGUUCUAUAAAACGCACUGAGAAAGGGGAGCUCUCUGUUUAUCUGAAUUCUUUUGUGAUCCUUACAAAAUCUCUGCUUCCACUACCUGACAAAUACCAUGGAUUAACUGACAUAGAUAAGCGUUAUCGCCAGAGGUAUGUAGAUAUGAUUGCAAACCCGGAGGUAGCAGAUGUAUUUCGUAAAAGAGCAAAGAUUGUAUCAGAGAUACGGACAACAAUGGACUCCUUAGGGUUUGUUGAAGUUGAAACUCCGGUUUUGCAGGGCGCAGCUGGGGGAGCUGAAGCCAGACCAUUUAUUACAUAUCAUAAUUCUCUUCAACGGGACUUGUAUCUGAGGAUUGCAACUGAACUUCAUUUAAAGAGAAUGCUGGUGGGAGGGUUUGAAAAAGUAUAUGAGAUUGGCCGGAUAUUUAGAAAUGAAGGAAUUUCUACUCGUCAUAAUCCUGAAUUUACAACUAUUGAGAUGUAUGAGGCAUAUUCAGACUAUCAAAGCAUGAUGAAUUUGGCAGAGGAGAUUGUCACUCAGUGUGCUCUUGCGGUUCAUGGAAAACUUACUGUUGAUUACCAGGGGGAUGAAAUAUGUUUGGAGCCCUGGAGAAGGGAUACCAUGAACAACCUUGUAAAAGAAACUGCUGGAAUUGAUUUCAAUGAGUUGGGAAGUGAUCUAGGUUGCAAAGAAGUUACUCUAAGCACCCUUGGCAAUAACCUUGAUAACAAAGAUAAAGCUUCCAUCGAUGCAUGCCAAUCACUUGGCCACCUCCUUAAUGAGGUUUUUGAGAUUGUUGUAGAACCAAAACUUAUCCAACCUACAUUUGUGUUAGACUACCCAAUUGAAAUAUCACCCCUGGCUAAGCCCCACCGAAGAUUCACAGGCUUGACAGAGAGGUUUGAACUUUUUAUCUGUGGUCGUGAGCUGGGCAAUGCAUUCUCUGAGUUAACCGAUCCUGUAGAUCAGAGAGGACGCUUUGAGUAUCAAAUUAGCGAGCAUGAAAAGAAGAGAGCGGCAGCUUUGACAGCAAAUGGUGCUAAGAGGGAAGACGCGCAAAAUGAGGAUGACUCAUAUGAAGUCACUCUUGAUGAUGACUUUUUAACAGCUCUGGAAUAUGGAAUGCCUCCAGCUUCUGGAAUGGGACUUGGAAUUGAUAGGCUUGUGAUGCUUUUGACGAAUUCUCCUAGUAUCCGAGAUGUAAUUGCAUUCCCAGUGCUCAAGCUCCAGCAAUAGGAUCAUUUGACAGAAGAAUAGAUAGGGUACUGCGUGUACGAACAAGGAACUCGUCAAAAUUAAUAUUUUUCUUGUAUUAUUUGUACGAUAAAUAUGAGCGCGAAAAUUUUGGUUAUGAUUCACUUAUUUCUUUUAAUAAUAUCCACGUUUGUUCGUGAACAUUUUUUAUCAAUAAUUUUAUGAUUUUGUUUUA